AUGUCGAAAAGGAAGCCUUUAGUUCUCCUAAGCAACAUCUCUUCUACGCGCGACCUCUGCGACUUUCUUGGCUUUUAUGGCACAGAGGCUAAGAACGACCUCUGCCGCGUCCCGAUCCCAUUCCAUAUUUUGCUUCAUAGCGGCGGCAAGACACGCCAGAGUUUCUGGGAAGAGGGGCGCUUUAGCUCUAAAUCUCUCCAAGAGUUUCUCCCUAGCUUUGCAGCUAAGCUGAAAUGCGCACCAAACGAUAUUGAGCGAAUUAAGCUAGUGCUGCGGUUGAAAACUCGAGAGGUUGAAAUUGAGAUGGAGGCUAGAAACGAGGACAUAUGGGAGAUAGCGAUGGCCACUUUUAGAGAUGAGAUUAAAAGAGGAAAGGCAAAGGGUGAAGUAAAGGGGGUGAGUGUGCUUGUGGAACCGGUAAUGAGGAAAGGCGGUGUGGAGACGGGAGGCUGGGACGGGGAUGAGGAGUUCGACUUUUAA